AUGAACAGUCAAACAGAUGUCACCGAAUUCAUCUUCUUGGGAUUUUCCAACCAUCCCAACCUACAGGGCUUGUUCUUCCUGGUCUUCCUUGUCAUUUACCUGACAACUCUUUUCAGGAACACACUCAUAAUAAUGGCCACAAGAGUCAGUCCUGCCCUCCACACCCCAAUGUAUUAUUUCCUCAGCAACCUGAGUUUCUUGGACACCUGCUACACAUCUACCACUAUUCCAGUCAUGUUGGUGAACUUCUUCCAGGAGAAGAAGACCAUCUCCUGUGAGGGCUGCUAUUCCUAGAUUUUCUUCCUUGUGACAUGUGCCGGCACUGAGGGUGUUUUAUUGGCAACUACGACUCCUGACUGCUAUGUAGCCAUCUGCCACCCUCUUCAAUAUCCAGUCCUCAUGAAUGUGAAGGUCUGUGUUUGUUUGGCAACUGGGUCCUGGCUAUGUGGGCUGGUGAAUUCUGUGACAUACACAGUGCUGGCAGCUACACUCAUUCUGUGUGGGCCUAACAAGAUCAGCCACUUUCUCUGUGAUAUCCCAUUGCUCCUGAAGCUCUCCUGCUCAGACACCUCUCUCGGUGAGUCUGUGCUCCAUGUGGCCAAUGCAACCACUGGCCUGAACCCCUACCUGUUUACUGCAGUGUCCUCCUACAUACUUAUCAUCUCUGCCAUCCUUCGGAUUUCCUCUGCUCAGGGCAGGAGCAAGGCCUUCUCUACCUGUGCACCCCACCUCACUAUGGUGGUGGUCUUUUAUGGAAUGGCCAACUUCAACUACGACAGACCCAGAGUAGGCUACUCCCUGGAUAUGUAUAUCCUGGUCUCUGUGCUCUUCUGUGUUAUAAGCCCCGUGUUAAACCCCAUUAUCUACAUGUUAAAUCCCUUGUUUGAGAAAAAAAGGAGGUCAAAUGUGCCCUGUGGAAGCUGGUUGGAGGGUGUGUGUUCCCUGGCAAUAUUAGUGUCUAGCUCACUGGUCUUCAAAUUGAGGUAUGCAGCCACCUGA